AUUCACUUUUUUAUGGAAAUAUAAAAUUUGAUCACACUCAUUUUGCAGAGUUUUGUUGCCCAAGAAAAUAUUUGGGAAGAAAUUCUAUAGUCACUAGUAAAACCUGAAAAUGUUGCAAUGGGUAAUGCUCAAAACUGGAUGUUUUGCUCUCUUCUCUUGAAUCCCAUCAACACUCAUCAUCCAACUAGACAAUAACUCCCAUAUUAGCCAUUUCAUCAAUCUAUUAAUUUAAGAACCAAUUAAAUAUAAAAAAUAAGAGUAAAAAGACUAAUUAAGAUGUUAUAGGGAGCAAAUUGAAAUCUCUGCCAAAAAAAUAUGAAAUUCACAGAGGCCUUAUCGAAAAAUCUUACAUUCCCUUCAACACUAGCAACUAUCGUAUAGUAAUCAUGUCACCGGUUAAAGAAAGAAAAAAGAUACCUUCUCUUCCUCUCCCUCUCCCUCUCCCUCGUCUGUAACUUUCUUCAUCGGUUUUCUCUUUUCUGAAGCGUUGGAAAUGGCGGAACUGGUAGGAGGAGCUUUUCUCUCUUCUUUCAUGCAGAUUCUAUUUGAUCGGUUAACUUUUAACGGGGCCCAGAAAGGGGCUCUUGUAUUGAAGAGUUUAAAAGAAAUAAUGAUGCUUAUCAAUCCAGUUCUCCUAGACGCAGAGGAGAAGCAGAUUAGCGUUCGUGCCGUGAAAACUUGGCUCCUCGAGGUUAAGGAUGCUCUCUAUGAAGCCGACGAUUUACUGGAUGAAAUUGCUUACGAAACUCUGCGUUCGAAACUGGUGACUGAAUCUCAAAAACAACAGAAGUGGAACUUUUUCCCUUCUGCUAGUAGUAAUCCACUUAAAAAGAAGGUGGAAGAAAAGUUAGAAUCCGUUCUUCAAAGAAUUCAGUUUCUAGCACAUCUAAAGGAUGCCUUGGGUCUAGUAGAAUAUAGUGCUGGAGAGCAAUCGCCAUCAUUUCGGGUACCAACAACUCCUCUUGUAGAUGAUCAACGUAUUUAUGGCAGAGAUGAUGAUAAGGAAGCCGCAAUGGAGCUACUCCUAUCAGAUGAUAUAAAUGACGACAAUCUGGGUGUGAUUUCCAUAGUGGGCAUGGGUGGGCUUGGUAAAACUACCCUUGCACAGCUUCUCUUCAAUGACAGCAGAGCAAGCGAGCGGUUCGAUCUUAGACUUUGGGUGUGCGUUUCUGAAGAAUUUGAUGUUCUCAAGGUGUCAAAAUAUAUUCUCGAGUUUUUCAAUUUGGAGGCUUCUGAUUCUUUCAAGGGACUAAAGGAGCUUCAACAGGAGUUAAUGGAGAGAUUAUCGGGGAAAAGAUUUUUGCUUGUUCUAGAUGACGUCUGGAACGAAGACCGUUAUAGCUGGGAAGUAUUAUGGAGACCUUUAAAUUGUGGGGCCAAGGGAAGCAAAAUUGUGGUGACGACACGCUCCUUCAAGGUAGCAUCAAUCAUGAGCACCGCUCCUCCUUAUGUUCUAGGCCCUUUAACUGGGGACGAUUGUUGGAGAUUGUUUUCGCUACAUGCAUUUCAUGGAAAUUUCGAUGCACAUCCAGAAUUAAAAGAAAUUGGUAAACAAAUAGUACACAAGUGCAGAGGCGUACCUUUGGCUGCAAAAGUAAUUGGGGGUCUGUUGCGCUAUAAAAGAAAUGUUGGGGAAUGGAUGAAUAUAUUGCACAGCAACGCUUGGGAUUUGGCAGAUGGAUAUGUUCUUCCAUCCCUAAGGUUGCAGUAUCUUCAUCUACCAUCACACUUAAAACAGUGUUUUACUUACUGUGCAAUAUUUCCCCAGGAUUAUGAAUUCCAAAUGGAGGAAUUAAUCCUUCUCUGGAUGGCAGAAGGUUUUCUAGAUCAGACUAGAGAACAUGAAAAAAUGGUGGUAGGUUAUGGUUUUUUUAACGAUCUUGUAUUAAGGUCCUUUUUCCAAGAAAGCUAUCGUCGAUCAUGUUUCAUAAUGCAUGACUUAGUGAAUGACUUAGCUCAACUUGAAUCUCAAGAGUUUUGCUUCAGAUUGGAGAGGAACAGGAUGGAUGGGGUCGUCUCUAAGAAGACUCGUCAUUUAUCAUUUGUAAUGUCCGAAUCAAAUACCUCUGAGAUAUUCGACAGAAUAUAUGAGGAAGCUCCAUUUUUGCGCACCUUUGUGUCAUUAGAGCGGUUAAGUUCCAGCUCUUCUAAACACAUCAAUAACAAGGUAUUACAUGAUUUAGUCUCGAAACUCCAUCGCCUACGGGUACUUUCUUUGUCUGGUUAUAAUAGCAUUGACAGAUUACCUGAUCCAAUUGGAAAUUUGAUACAUUUAAGAUAUUUGAAUGUCUCUAGAAUGUCAAUCAGAAAGUUGCCUGAUUCUGUAUGUAAUUUGUAUAAUUUGCAAACAUUAAUCCUGUUGUGGUGUGAAUAUCUCAUUGAGUUGCCAGCCAAAAUGGGACAGUUGAUCAACUUGUGUUAUCUUGAGAUUGCUAGAACAAAAUUGCAAGAGAUGCCACCCCGGAUGGGUAAACUGAUGAAGCUCCAAAAGUUAACUUACUUCAUUGUAGGAAGACAAAGUGAGUCUACUCUUAAAGAGUUGGCGGAGCUUCAACAGCUUCAGGGAGAGUUUUGCAUUCAGAAUCUUCAAAAUGUUGUGGAUGUUCAAGAUGCUUCCAAAGCAAAUUUGAGGGCUAAGAAGCAACUUAAAAAGUUGGAGUUGAGAUGGGAUGCGGAGACUGAUGAUACAUUGCAGGAUUUAGGCGUACUCUUACUAUUACAACCUCAUACCAAUCUGAAAUGCCUUUCCAUUGUUGGUUAUGGGGGUACAAGGUUUCCAAAUUGGGUUGGGGACCCAUCAUUUGCAAAUAUUGUAAUCUUGACACUCCGUAGGUGCAAAUACUGCUCCGUUUUACCACCACUUGGGCGAUUAGAGUCUCUAAAAGAACUCUCCAUCAUAGCAUUUGAUAUGGUCGAGGCAGUUGGCCCUGAGUUCUAUGGAAGUUCUACAGCAAGAAAAACGUCAUUUGGAUCCCUUGAGAUUUUGAGGUUUGAAAGGAUGCUAAAUUGGCGGGAAUGGUAUUCUUAUGAGCAGGCAAAUGAAGGUGCAGCUUUUCCUCUCCUCCAGGAGCUUUACCUUAUUGAAUGUCCCAACCUAGUAAAAGCAUUGCCCAGUCACCUUCCUUCUUUAAAAAUACUUGGGAUAGAGAGAUGCCAGAAACUACUUGCUGAUUCACUUCCAAGGGCUCCAUCUGUUCUUCAGAUGAAGUUAAAGGAUGAUGAUAAUCAUCAUGUGCUGCUAGAAGAAUCGGAGAAUGAAAUCAGAAACUGGGAAUUACUCAAGUCAUUCUCCUCAAAGUUGUUCCCUAUGGUGGAGGCUCUUCGAAUCAUUACAUGUCCGAAUCUCAAUUCUGUUUCAGCAUCUGAGAGACAUUAUGGGGAUUUCACACUUCUCGAUUCCAUGGAGAUCGGGGGGUGCCGUGAUUUAUUAUCUUUCUCUGAAGGAGGAUUAACUGCCCAAAAUUUAACAAGGCUUUCAUUAUGGGGUUUCCCAAAUUUGAAAUCUCUGCCACAAAGUAUGCACUCCUCCUUUCCUUCCCUUGUGGCUUUGCAAAUAAGUGACUGUCCAGAACUUGAGUUGUUUCCAGCUGGGGGUUUGCCCUCCAAAUUACAAUCACUUGAGAUUGACAGUUGCAACAAACUCAUUGCGGGUCGCUUGGGAUGGGAUCUGCAGUUACUUCCCUCUCUUUCACACUUCAGAAUUGGAAUGAAUGAUGAUGUCGAAUCCUUCCCUGAGAAGACGUUAUUGCCCUCUUCCCUUGCCUCUCUUGAAAUCGAGCAUUUUCAAAAUUUGCAGUGUCUGGACUAUGAGGGGCUUCAACAGCUCACCCUCCUUAAACAACUGACAAUUUGCAACUGCCCCAAGCUUCAGUCCAUGCCAGAAGAGGGGCUACCCAAGUCCCUUUCUUCUUUAUCUAUCUGCAAUUGUCUUUUGCUGGAAAGAAGGUGUCAGUGGGGAAAAGGGGAAGAUUGGCCUAAGAUUUCCCACGUCUCCUGUGUAAAGAUUAAUUACCAUAAAAUCAACUGAGAAUAUGCAGUCAUCAUCGUGAGGGAUUCUGAUUCUCUGUAACUUAUUCUUACUCUGGUCUGAUAUCCAUUCUUACUGUCAGCUACGAGAACAGGGGAACUAAGUGCAGGUUGUCUUCUCAGCAGUAGGAGAAUUUUUGGCAUCUACCAUUAACAUACUGGAAUGGGUCUGGAAUCUUUGUGAAUGAAAGGAUGCUUUCAUUAAUGUGAAUAUGACAUUUCCACCAUGACCGGAUGUGAUCUGGCUCUGUUGCAUUUAGACUGAUGACAAUGAAGAUUGGACAAGCCCACUUUUCUUCUGAAAUAAGGCCUUGUAGUUUUGAUGUUUCUUAUCUGCUAAACAUAGUUCCACGAGGGGUUAAAGAGCAUCUUUAAAUGGAUAUCAAAUCUGCUGCCAGGCUUGCGGGGCAGUUCAGAAAUAGAAAUAUAAGAUUACUGGCUUCACUAUUUCUCUGGACAAUACAUUCAGCAUGGAUAGCUAAAAAUCAUGGAGGAAAGCCAUUGCUGAUUGCUGUAAAAGAAACUACUUCCAGAAAUGAGAUCAUGGAUCUUCAGGACUUAGGCCAUCACUACAUCGGGAUCAGUGACGCAAUGCCGUGAAAGUUAGUGUACAUGGUUCUAAUGUUGAGGCCUGCCUAACACUGCGAGAUGGCAGUAAUGGAUUUGUCUAUGUUCCUGAUAUGCCUGGACAGUAGACAGUAACCCGCAGAGUUGUCAAUUCUGUUUAUGGGAUUCCAGUGCCCCUCAAUUUAGCAUCUCAAAGAUAUAGGUGGUAUUUCCUUGUGGCACUUAAAAGAGAGGCGUUGACGGUCAUAUGUGAAAGCUCGCAGAUGCUAGUUUGCAAUAUCAAGUGUGAAUGAUCAUCUUUUUUUUCUUUUGGCUUUUUGCUCAUGAUUGUUGCUGAUUCAUCAAGUGAAGUCAGACGAUGUAUAUGCAAAUGUAGCAUUUCUUCAUGAAGUUUGCAAUGUAGCCAAGGGCUGUAGUAAUUAUUCAAGUUAUGGCAAAUUUAUUAUUAAAAUGUUCCUUUUUUA